AUGGCUUCUGAGUGUGAGAGGACCUUUUCUUCCGCUGGUAGUAUGGUUUCGCCCAAGAGGUCGCGCUUAGAUGCAAGCACAAUUGCCGUUACUCAGACGCCUGGCUCGGACACAGGCGCCCGAAAGCUAAAGAGAACCCUUGAAGGCCUUCAGGCUGAGGUUGAACUACUCAGGCAUGAGAACGAAGGCCUCCGUGAGACAAUUAUCGGUGAAAAACAGCGCGGGCAGCGUGGUAAAGCCCUGAAAGACUAUAUCUUUGAUCGUGUGGAUCCUAAUUCAGCUCAGGUGUUUAGCCCGCAAAAGAUCGCCCAAGCUCGCCAGAAGAAAGCUGAAAUGGAGGCGCAGAAGGAAGAGGAGGUUCUCCAGAAGAGAACUGAAAAGGCUCUGCGACAGAAAGGAGUAGCGGAGCAAAAGCAACAGGUAUUGGAGAGGAAGAGGCAGCGGGAGGAGAAAAAGGAAAGAAAACGGCGGGAAAAAGAAACAAAGCAGCUUGAGAGAGAAGCAAACCGGCAGCUUCGGAUUGAGAUGAAGAAGCAGAAUCAGCGGAAUAUACAACCGAAGCAUCAGGCACGGCAGAAUGGCUCAGAUGGUCUCGAAGAGAAUGGGGGCAUUCAGGACGAAAUCAUCGUCGUUCCCACAAUCACCCAGCCCCCCGUAUUAUUCAAGCCACCCAACGAAGCAUUAAGUACCCCGAAUACAAAGGCGUCGACGUCACCCAGCCAUAAAAACUCGGCCUAA